UUUCGUUUGUUUUAACGUCACUUUUCAAAAUAUUUUGUCAUCUAAUCAUCUCUCAUAAAAAUUAUUAAAAAAAUUUAAAAGUUAAAAUGGCAACGGGUGAAAAGUUAAGUAUCCAACCAAGAUGUUGCGGAAAAAUGUCAAGACACAUCUUUAAAGUUAAAAAAGUGGAUUUUUCGAUAGCUGAUUGUAAACUAGACGAUGUUAAAUACAAGGUUUACAGAAAUAAUUCAGACGAGGCGGUACCUUACACUGAAGAUACGAUAAAAUCAGCUGAAUUAGACCUCGAUCUUCCUUUUACGGUUUUAAUUCACGAUUGGUUAUCUAACGGGGAUUGUUAUUGGUAUGAACCAUUUCGAAAAGCACUUUUCCAAAUAGGGCAGAAUAACUUGGUCUGUGUCGAUUGGUCAAUUUCCGCCGCAAAAUAUUACGAUAUGGCGGCGGCUAAUUCAAAAUAUGUUGGGGGAUUUAUUGCAGAUUUUAUACUCGCUUCAAAAGUUGACAUAAAAAAAGUACACGUAAUAGGACAUUCAUUAGGCGCGCAAGUAGCCGGAUUCGUUGGGAAAAGAAUCUUUCAACGAACAUGUGAAAAAUUGGCCAGGAUUACGUUAUCCGAUCCUUCAGCAUUAGGUUUUGAACUGCCUACCGUUAGAAACGAUGAAAAAGCGUACGAAGAAGACGCUGAUUUUGUUGAUGUUAUUCAUUCAGAUAUGGGCCAUUAUGGAUGUAUUGAUCCAGUAGGUCACGUUGAUUUUUAUCCAAAUGGUGGUAAAGAACAACCAGGGUGUCCAGAAUUAUGUGAUGACGAUGACUGUAGCCGCUCAAGAGCGAUUUUAUAUUUCAUCGAAUCGAUCACAAGCGAUGAAUUUAAGUCUGCCCCAAGUGAAAAUUUUGAUGAAUUUAUAGAAGGAAUUUUCGCCGAGGAAGAUAUUAUUGUUUUUGGUUAUAAUUGUCCAACAGAAGCGAGAGGAGUACACUAUUUUGCAACGAAUGAAACUCCGCCAUAUGCUCAAGGCGAUAUAUAUCCAAAAGUUUUCAGUGACGCUUCGGAUGAUGGGGAAGAAGGUGAUCAGGGUGAGGAAGGUGAAGAAGGUGAUCAAGGUGAAGGAGGCGAAUAGGAUUAAAAGUUUGAAAUUUAAUGAAUGUUUUUUGAAGGUAAAAUAAAAGCGUUUUAUACAUUUAUUGCAAUAA